GCAGCCCUUGUUUUAGCUUCCAGUUCACGAUUUGUAUAAGUAAUUCAACCUAACCGAUCCUUGAUCCUGGACUUUGUUAUAAGCGCUAGAACAUCGCAUUCAAGAUGGCUUCGAUUCCAAGUUGAACUAACUUGCACUUGAAUAUUUACUACCGCCAAGCCUUCACUUCAUUGACGGAGACAUGGCAAGUAUCGCACCAGUCCCACAGAGUCGGGAAGGGGACUACGAACUUGGCAGGCAUCUCAGCACUUCGUUAAAACACGAAAACGGGCACAUCUGUGGCGUCGAUUCUCCAGCGCAUAAUUAUGAACACCAGCAGACCUGCGAGUUCGAUCAGUUGGAGGAUGAACGUUGCAACAGCGAUAUGGUCGUGCAGAUGUCACCUCCACAGUCUUCCCAAAGCUCUACUCAGCUUGAUUCAGAUUAUGCUGCUGAAGGUCCUUCCUCGGAGCGGUCAGAUUUUACGGCGGAAACAUACCACACUUCUUCUGCGGAAACCGGUACUGCCAUUAGUAUUGAUUCAAGUGGUGAUAGCUUCUCCAUGCUUCAUCCGGCGUGGAAGGUGGCGUCGGAGUCAAGUAUACGCACCGUAAGCGUAGCUGAUUGUCAGUUUGAACCUGGGGAAGAAGAGACGAAGACAACGCCUCAAAUUGCGUGGCGACGAAUUGCCAAGAUCGCUCGCGAUCGUGAUGAGGCCAAAAUUAAAGAUUGCAAAGAAGGUAUUGAUACUCUUCUAGUUUUUGCAGGCCUUUUCUCUGCCGUCCUCACUGCAUUCGUGGUUGAAUCAUAUCGACUACUUCAAGAUCCCACAGAUGUCUCUGUGCAAUUAUUACAGCGUAUCUCACAGCAGCUGGGAGAGCUCACUACUUCCAAUGCCAGUACCGCUGCUUCGAUAUCUGUCUCAUCUUCCCCGUUCACAGCAUCGUCCUCUGCAGUGAGAGUCAAUGUCCUCUGGUUCGCUAGUCUGGUCUGCAGCCUAGUGACGGCUUCGCUAGGCAUCCUAAUCAAACAAUGGCUUCAUCAAUACAUGUCUCACGAUAGCCUAUCGCCCGACGGACAGCUGCGUAUCCGACACCUCCGCAGAGAAGGGAUGGUUCGCUGGCGGGUUUUCGAGAUCAUUGCCAUGCUGCCAACCAUGCUGCAGUGUGCUCUUGCUUUGUUCCUUUUAGGCCUCAGCGAGUUUCUUCGCACAUUGCACCCUGUCGUGGGUGGCAUCAUCUCUGGCCUUAUCCUCAUCUGUGCCUUGUUCUUUGCGCUAGCAGCUAUCGCACCUGCUUUUUCCUCCCAGUGCCCUUACAAGACACCCGUGCUCAAUGGCUUGCUUCGACGCCUACGGCUUACUUUUUUUGUGGCGGGGGAUUGUAUACUCUACUGGAGACUUCACCUUGUCAGCGGCUUACGGCGCUUCUGUGUCCUUCACACUACGAUUGGCAUCAGGAAUCUAUUGCAAUACCUCUCAAAUCUAUUACAAUCUUCGUUGAACUGGAUCGCAUCCCGCAUUCGAUUAUGCACUUCUCGUUGGGCUCUAUUUGUCUCAAGAUCUCGAGAUCGACUAGCGUGUUGGUACGAGUUAGAAGUGCUGGGAGAUGGACAAGUCAGAGUUCGACAUGACAAUCUGCCUAUCGAAGAGAGCAGUAUCCGUUCUAUGCGUACCGCCAACGUACGGACACUCAUUGGUUUGGAUGCAGAGUUUCCAGAUGACGAGUUCCUCGACCUUGCUACACGAUGUCUUUCUGCCUCAGAAAUAGGAAUGGCCGAAGUACUGGAUUGUGUCUCGCAUAUGAUUAGUCAUCGCUCUGGCCGAAAACCUGCCUUGUCUCUCAAGGAGCUUCCUCCCCAUUGCAAAGACAAGUGUUCCAAGUUGCUCUAUGGGACCAUCAUGGAUGCAAUGAAUCGGAGCCUCAAGUGUCACGAUAAUUGGAAUUUCCGUUGGUCAAGGAUUGAGGGUGAUGCGCUCCUUUUCUUGCUCAAAUAUCGGCAAUGGUCUUUGAGGCAUGAGGUCGAUCUCAAAAUGGUCAUAGGACGGGCUUUGCAGGUAGGCUCGGAGGGUGCGGCAUGGGUGCUCUAUGGUGUAGAUCGCAAUAUCGACUUGCUUCGCCUUUCAUAUACCGGUUAUUUGCCUAGCGUGAUUCAAGCGGCCCAUCAUCUGAUAUUGUGGGGUCACCCCGAUCAGUACGGCGGCUGCAGAGUCUCACCUGGUAUCAAUACGAACGCCGUCUGUGAAGGCUGUUUGUGGCAUGACGCACUGGGCAUGCAAAUCCACCGGUCAAAGCACACGAAUGCCAUGGAGCUUUGUGACGGUUCUCAGAUCUGCCUCGUUUUACGACGGCUUGAACUGCUGUACCGGCUCACGUCGCUUCUUCAUAUCGUUCUGUUCUUGGUCACUCGAAUGCCGGUCGAAGAGCUGCGUAACCACGCGAUGGAGGUUCUCGAUCUCCAACACGCAUUUGCGAAUAGGGUUCGUUUCCUUGCUCCUGAGUGCUUAUGGACACGUCGGGUCGAUCUGGUAUUAACUGGAGGAACCGCACAAACAUUCCUUGAGCAUAUUUCUCGCCACCUAGAACCCACGCUAUAUCAUCUUGUAGAGCGGAUGGAGAAACGAUGCCCGGAGAUUCUUUGCCGCGAGCUUCUGGAGCUGGUUCAGGAGCUACACGGGAAAGCUAACAGCGAAUAGGCCAUCAUAUUAUCUUGCGCUCUCACUAGCUUUCUGCCGAUUUGACUUGCCCUCGGUGACGUGUCCGAGCCAUUUAGACACCGCUUUCCCCGAUAUGCCGAGAGGUAAUCAAGUAUAUUGGUACCAGUGCUGGCGCCGAAGUGCGUUAGUAUAAAGGAAAUGGGACGAUCCCCUAACACAGACUGUCUCUCAGUCGUCUUUCACAUGAACGCACUCCUUACACUGAAAUUUUAUCAAAGGGAUGCUGAUUACUGCUUCGUUAUUCGUAUUUCUUGUUUGAUUCUUAUACUGCGUCAGGAAACUUGGCUCCAGACAACCAGGAUUACCUCCUGGACCUCCCACGCUGCCUGUCAUUGGCAAUCUCCACAUGCUCCCCAGCAUGCAUACUUACCUUCAAUGUACGGUAGACAUUCAGCAAUGCUUAAGCGCUUAAACUCCGACUCUGUUGUACUGCUGUCCCUAUUAGGAGAAUUUCACGGAGGUGCUGAAUAAUAAACACAAACAAAGGGUGCCACAGC